CUUCACUUCUUCUUACCACCUCGAUUCUACCUUACUCCAACAGCCGCUCGUUGUAUUCCAACAUCCACCGUCGCUAUCACCAGAACCCCAGUAUUCAACACCCAUAAUCAAGUAAUCCCACCACCACAAACAACAUGCGUUACUCAUUCGCUGCCUUCCUCGCCGUUGCUGGCGUCGCAUGCGCCGACUCUCCAAGCGGCUACGUUGUGACACAGAUUGGUGACGGACAGAUCCAAGCCCCGACUGCCCCAGCAGCCUACACUCCUGCUCCAGAGGCUACCACCAGCGUUGCGGCCGCGCCCUCGGCCCCGGCCCCGGCCCCGUACUCCUCUGCCAGUAGCGCUGAGGUUCCGUCUGCGCCAGCCCCAGCGCCGUACAGCUCUGAGGCUCCGUCUGCGCCAGCCCCAGCACCGUACAGCUCUGAGGCUCCAUCCGCGCCAGUUUACUCCUCGGUCGAGACAUCCGCUAUGCAGCCAUCUGCUCCAGUGUAUGAGUCGGCCUCUUCCGCUGUCGUGAGUCCAUCGACUGCUGCUGGUCCUGUUGCAUCUACUCCUGCUGGCCCCGUUGGAUACACUUCCGCUGGUCCAGUUGCAUCUACCCCUGCCGCCCCAUCUGCUUACGUCUCGACGCCCGUCGCCGCCGGCACUCCUGCCCCAUACCCAACCGGCUCCAACACUACCAUGGUCACGGCCACCGGGAUGCCUGCAACAUCCACCGAAGCUGGCGCUGUCGGCGGUUCCUCGACAUCUGCCAUCGCGACGGCGACUGGUGCAGCCACCGCCCUUCAAAUCGGUGGAAGCGUCGCUGCCGUGUUCGGCGCCAUGUUCGCUGUUCUCGCAUAGAACCUGGGAUUGUGACGAAUGGUCAGGAUGACGCGCCGAAGCGGGUCUUUCGGCCUUCUGGCGCACUGUGAGAUGACAGACACGUGCGCUCCGGAUCGAGCAUUCGAUGUUGGACUUCUGGUCGCCUACGGGCCUUUAAUAAAAUGUUCUGCUUUCUAGCGCAGGUAUAGAUACAGUACAGUACCGCACAGCACAGCACACAGACGAACGAGAAUUGAAACUGCAAACAAACACUACACGCUAUCAAGCUUCGCACUGUUGACGCUAUAUCUCUCCUGAGUAGUACUUAUGAAGUUGCACGAUAAGUUUCAGCCCUACACAAGCCCUGUGAUGGCGGCACAAAGUCAAAAUGCAUUAGCUUUC